GCACCCCUGGAGCAUCAUCUGGAGUAACCCCUGAAGCUCAAAGUGGCAGCACACCUGGAGAGGCAGAGACUGCAUCCACUGGUUCAGGUACUACUGGACCAUCAGUGGAUAAAACAACCAGAGCCCCCAGCAGUGAAGUGACAUCACCUGAAGGGCACUCAGGCUCUACUGGAACUUCAGUUCCCAUCACCUCCACAGCUGGAAGUGCAGGCACCACAGCCCAACCGAGCCCUAGCUUCACCAGUCCUGGGGACACAGCAGAGACAGCUGGAGUGUCACCAGGUGGGACUACCACUAACAAUGGGAAUACAAGUGAGGCAGUCUUCCAAGAUGUUGGAACAGGAGGCCCUACUGCACCAACACCUAGCAAAGAGGAGGGCAGCACAUCCAGAGAACCCAGCACUGGAGCAACGAGCCCAGGAAGUUCAGGUACAAUAGGACUGUCCCUGGGAGCAACCUCAGAAGCAGUCAGAGGCAGCACACCUGGACCAACAGGCACAGGGGCCACCAGUGCUGGAAGCCCCGCAGCAACGAGAGGAGGAACUGAUGCAGCCACAACUGUCUCUGCUGGUGAAAACACAUCUGGAAGGACAGGGACAACAAGAGUAUCUACAGGCUCCAUUACUUCUGGCCAUGGGACCUCAGUUGGACCAGUCACAACAACUGCUAGCAGCAAAUCAGUAACAACAGGAGGAAAAAAUAUAAUCUCCACUAUUGCUGGUGAAAACACUUCUGGAACAUCAGAGAUCAUUGGAACAUCAGCUGGAGUGACAGGAACCUCUGGACAAUCACCAGGUGUGACUGAGACAACUCUACCAUCAGCUGGAGAGACAGGGACAACUCAACCAUCUGUUACAGAAUUAGAGACAGUAAGAACAUCGCCUAAAGUGACAGAGAGUUCUUCACAAUCAUCUGGAGUUACAGGAACAACAGUAUCAUCAGCUAGAGUGACUGGGACUUCUGGAUUAUCAUCAGAAGUGACAAAGAAAACUGAAUCAUCAGUCAGAGAAUCAGAAACAUCUGGGCCAUCCACUACAGGAUCAGAAACAACUAUACUAUCAACUGGAGUGACAGGAACAACUGCAGUUGAAGUGAGUUCUGGAAAAUCAUCUGGAGUAAGAGUGACAACUAGAUCAUCAGCUGGUGACUCAGGUACAACAAGACCAUUAGUUGAAGAAUCUGGUACAACUGGAUCAUCAGUUGGACAUACAAGAACAUCUGGACAGUCAUCUGGAGUGACAAGAACUGGAGUAACAGAGACAACUGCAUCAUCAUCAGGAGUAACAGAGACAACUGAAACAUCAGUUAAAGUGACACCAACAACUGGACAAUCACUUGGGGUGACUGGGACAAGAGGAUUGUCUGCUACAGGAUCUGGAACAAGUGGACCAUUAGAGACAACUGAACCAUCUACUAUAGGGUCAGAAACAACCAGACCUUCAUUUACAGGAUCUGAGACAACUGGACCCUCAUCUAGAGGAUCGGUCAGAAGUAGCCCAUCAGUCACAGCAUCUAGGCAAACAGUACAGUCUGUUGGAGUGACAGAGACAUCUGGUCCAUCAGGGACAAUUUCACCAUCUGCUGGAGUUACUGAAAGGAUCACGCUGUCAACUGGAGUGACAGAGCUAACUGGUGCAUCAUCUGAAGGAACAGGGACAACUGCAUCAUCAGCUGGUACCACCUAUGAGGCAGGAAGAACUACAAGAGAACCAGAAAGCACAACUGAAGAGCCAUAUGGAUCCACCACUGGAGUAGAAAGCAGAACCACAGGAACCACACCUGGAAAAUCAGGUACAACUGGAGUGUUGACUACAACUUCUACAGGUGUGAGGGGCAGAAGCACUCCUUUCACAUCAGGUUCCACAGGAAAUUUCCCUCACUCAACAAUUGCACUAGGAAGUACCACUAUUGGUGUUCGUGAUAUUCCAGGUAUAUACAUUCAAGAGCCAUCGAAUCAGACUACAGUAGAAGGUGUUACUGGCACAACUCUUGCCCCUGGAAGUUUGAACACAGGGGCCACAACUGGCAUAGGGACCACUAGAACAGAACUGCCAGGAGAUACCACCAUUGUGUUUCCUGAAGUCAAAAGCACUUCAGAAGUUUCCAACACAGAGGCCACAACCUCCACAGAAGGUAUUGGCACCACCAGAGUUGGAUUCAAAACAGCCACAACUGGGGUGGUUCCUGGCACAACUGUUGCCCCUGGCAGUUCCCGUACAGAAGCCACAACUUCUCUAGGAAGAACUGGAGCAACAAGGGGGGGAACAGCCAUAGCUACUACUAGUGUAGUCUCUGGAAAGACUCUGGAACCUGGGAAUCACAACACAGAGGCCACAAGUUCCACAGGAGGAAGUGAGACCAGCCAAUCUGAAGGGCCAAGAGCUACCUCAGUCACAUCAAGGAAACCUGGGACUGGAAGUGAAACAGAGGCAAUAACUUCAACAGAAACCAGCAGUACUUCUGAAAACGGAUCCAGAGCAGCCACCACUGGGGUAACCCCUGUUACUACUGUAGCCCCUAGCAGUUCCAACACAGAAGCUACAACUUCUGUAGGAGAAGGUGAAACACCAAGAAAGGAACUAAUCACAGUCACUACAGAGGGAAUCUCUGGCAAAACUCUGGAACCUGGAAGUGCCAACACAGAGGCCACAACUUUUGCAGGAGACCACAGGACCACUCGAGCAGAUCUGUUUGAGUCUACAACAUCUACGGAAGAGACUGGAACUACUGGAACUGGUUUCAAAACUGAGAUCACAACUUUCUCUGGAAGAAGUGACAUCACUGGAGCAGAAAUAAAGUCAGGAGCCACCACCAAAGCACCAGGAAGUAAGACAGGCACUGCUGUAGUAACCUCUGCUACAACAGUUGCUCAUGAGAGCUCCAACUCAGAGGCCACAACUAUCUUAGGAAUUAGCAAAGCAAUAACAGUCCCAG